CGCCGACGCCAUUUUCAAUAAAACGUAAAAAGUCAGAGAAAAAGUCGGCCGUAUGUAGAAGUUAAUUUGCACCAAAUUACACUUAUUUUGGUGUAUUAACGUUAAACAAAGGGCUCAAUUUUAGAUCAGCGAAGAGGAGCCCCAAACAGUGCUCGGGCCGCAGAGAAAGAGAAAAAACGCGCGUGUGCUAGAGUGAGGUAGAUAGUGUUGGAUAGAAGAAGAAGAACGACGGGCGUUGUACCGUCAUCGUCGUCAUCGUCAUCAUUGGCAAUCAUCAGCGCCACCAUCAACGAGCAACCUGAUCGCAGCCAUCCUGCCUGGCCUGGCGGCUGGCGAAAUAAAGGAAGAAAGCAUAAAGGUUGGGAAAUAAUAACAACAAUCUUCUGCAUACUCAUCCGCGAACAAGCAGGCAACAGCAGAAAGUGUGUGCAAACCAACAGUGACGUGAGCCAUUGAGUGCGCAGGGAAAAUCAGGCAAGCAGGAAUUUUACAAGAUACCCAUUCGCGUCUGUUGCCUGCCCUGGGUGGGUGGGGAUUACAGCGGUCGUAGUUGUGCUUUGUUAAGAAAAAAUAUUGCUGCCUCCUGUCUGCGCCGCACCCGCCUGUUGAAAAUCGAAAUUGCAUCCCCGUUCAGACGGAACGAUGACGGAGUAUAAACUAGUUGUGGUAGGCGCUGGAGGUGUCGGCAAGUCGGCGCUUACAAUACAACUUAUUCAGAACCAUUUCGUGGAUGAGUACGAUCCAACAAUUGAAGAUUCCUACCGGAAGCAAGUAGUUAUAGAUGGUGAAACGUGUUUGCUCGAUAUUCUGGACACAGCCGGCCAGGAGGAGUACUCAGCGAUGCGCGAUCAGUAUAUGCGAACGGGUGAAGGAUUUCUUUUAGUAUUUGCUGUUAACAGUGCCAAAAGUUUCGAAGAUAUAGGAACCUACCGAGAACAGAUUAAGCGUGUGAAAGACGCAGAAGAAGUGCCAAUGGUGUUAGUUGGCAACAAGUGCGAUCUGCAAGCAUGGGCAGUGGAUAUGAACCAGGCCAGAGACGUGGCGAAACAGUACGGUGUUCCUUUUGUAGAAACUUCGGCCAAAACACGAAUGGGCGUGGACGAUGCAUUCUAUACGCUAGUGCGUGAAAUUCGCAAAGACAAAGAGAGGGGGAAGAAGAACCGAAAGCACCACAAACUGGUAUCCAGCAGACGAUUCAAGUGCCAGUUGCUAUAAGGCUGCAAUGGAAAGGGAUCAUCGCACGUUACCACCCUCUCUCCUAUAUGAACAGCCGCAGCAGCAAUAGUAAAACACAGUAUGUCCGCGCCCCGUUUUCUAAUAUUCGACAUAUUGACCUACACCGGGGGGAAAAUAAUGGGCUACAGCGGAAGCGUUCACUACCAUGUAGCAUAUGCAGCAGUAAAGCGGUUGAACGGCGCGCCAUACCCUCAAUGUGUCCAACUUUCCGUCUGCUGGCCGCUGGUAUACACACACUCACACACACACAAACCCCGUUGUACAGGGAAAAACAACGGAAUUUCUAAUAUUCAGCUCAUGGAGGAGAUUUCCUUUCUGCGCAAAUUUUGAAGUUUUACACGCACAUCUUUUAAACGCCAAUCAUUGCGUUCGCAGUAGCUAGAUAACAUGCUAAAUCGAGGUAAUGUUGAGCAGUUAGCGAAAGAUUUGUUCGUAUUGUAAAACCAAUGGUUCCAGGGGGGGCGGGGGAAACAAUUCAGUUUAACCGUAAAUCGCACAAAGAAAAUCCAUCACACUGUUCACUGGCAAACAGGUUGCAGUACACCUUUUGUUAUAGAAGCAAAGGUAGCUAUUAACGCAACGGUUAAUGGAAUGGGUGUGAAAUCCGUAAAAGACGACCGGAACAGCUCGCUUGACAUCUUGCUGAAACAAACUAUUGAUCACUGCCCUCCCCGGGAUUAUUUGGUGAAUAGUAUCGAUAACGCUAUAAAGCUACAACACAACGCGAAGACAGAUAAGACGAGAAAACAAAACAGAAAAGAGUAGAGGUUUGAGCGCGAAUGUAUAGGCAAUGUUUGUAUCUAAUCUUUGUACCCAGAAAACGGGAACUAACGUUCUUCACUUGUCUGCCUGUAAAGACCUUACAUAAAGGGUUAAAUAUUAAUUACGAAACAUUAGGUAAUUUAGAUAUCUCUUUUGCUCUUAAAUUCACAAUGUCUACUAUCCAUACGAUGAGAGGCAAACGGACCCGGCGUGUAUCGUGGUAGGUGCAAUCAAACAAAGCAAAAAUGCAGAAACGAUUGAUGAGAUGCUUUCCUCCCUGCUGGUUGAUGGUUGUUCCAUAAACGGUCGUCCGAAUGGUGGUAGUAUAGGCAAACGAAAAUUGUGUGGUGUGCUAUUUUAGCAGCAGGAAUAAUUUUUAGCGCCAGCCUGAUAAAACACUUUGACUAGUGGGCAAAGAUUGAAGACAUUCACACCCGAACACAAAACAAACACGCAUAUAUAUAAAUAUAUAUAUAUAUAAGCAACAUUCAUCGGGAUGCUAAAACAUUCGCCGUUUGCGUACGGAAUGUGGAAGAAAAGUGAAAACGUUACGUUGAUAGAUUUGGUAAGAUUUCUAAAAGAAAAUCCAAAAGUGUAGGAGCAGCGAUAGGUAAUGAAAAUUGAUCUACGGCCGAAAAGAACCACUGGCGAAACAAUCCAUAAAUAAUCCGAUAUUUUAGUUUUACGAAUUAAUCGAAACAAGAUAGAGAGAAAAAAAAACAAGAAAGUAAACAAAAAACUGACAUUAAUUUACGUUGUAUUUUUAUGUUCGUUGCUAUUAAUCAUUAUCGACAUGUGUAGGGUUUUGAAAACAUUGCGAUAAAACCGAACAGCCGUACAGGGCCGUUCGACUACCGAUGGAUAUCAUCCACACGGAUAUAAUAGCUUUACCUUACCUAUAUCACGUAAUGAAGGCGGUCAGUUGCACUAUUCCAUAUGGACCCUGUUCCAAUAUUGUAUAGUGUAUGCUUCAUGUCUAUGGGUGAAUGCUUGUAUAUUGGUUAUUGGAUCUUGCAUGUUGUUCCGAAUAUAUAUCGAUUCGUUUUCUAACACACUGUGUUCAGCCACCCGCGCAUGUCCUUUGAAAGGGCAUGGUUUUGAGUUCAUUCUAUAUGUGAUUACGCUCGUUAAUGGUACCAUUGUGAGCUGUUGCCUUUUUUUAGAGAUAUUUAGCUAUUGUGUCAAUUUCAUGCAAAACAAUCUGAUUGAUUAUAUCUGUAUCGUUACUUGGUAGACUGAGCCUUUUGGUAUGAUUGAAUUUGGUCUCUUUGUAUGCACGGUACUUGCGUGCACACGUGACGUUCUGCACGUGUGAACGGUUUUAUUCGAUCGCCUCGUUGCACCUAAACGAAACUCAAAACGAAGAAGGAACCAAUUUUUGUUCACAUACUACACGAUGUUGUGAAAAGCGAGAAUAAUAGGGAAAGGAUCUAAAAACUAAGCGCAGCAAGGAAAAAAAAACACUCAGGUUUACCGCCACCUACAACAACGCAGAAAAUAAUGAUCCACAAUGCAACAAGAGAUUAUUGUGUGCGAAUAUUCGAUUCCUCCACCCAGGGAACAGGUGAUGUAUUAUUUGAUGUGAAGCAUAAUUUCUGCAGAUAGCGGGGACAUAGUCGGUGCAUCCAAUAAUAAGCCUAUUCAGAACUCGUGCAGGGUUAUAAUAAUAUUGAGAUAUUAAAUAUGUGAACGUUUUGCUAUCUUCUGAAAAUAUGUAUCUAUAUAAUACGACGUCUUAGAGCCAAAUGCAAACGCAAACAUUAUAUAGAUAUACUAGAAAACGACAGACAGCGGACACAGAUUGCUGGAAAAAGGAACAGGCGAAUGUAAUAAGGCUACACACAUUCGGAGUAAUUACUAGACGCAUUAGAGAGCAGAAUGCAAACAGCCGAUGCUUUACCGCAGUAAAUACGCUUCUAGUGGAGUUGUAUGAAACGCAAGAAGAUUGUAAAAAACCUUUAACGUAAAAGAAAAAAAAAACCGCGAUUCCAAGCUGCAGCGGCCUAUCCCUUUCGAAUGUCUACUGAUAAACGCAAACCGACGAUGACGAAGCGAAAUUCUCCUAACAUUUACUGUUACAUAUUUCAAGCCAUACCCAUAGUCCAACGUACAGACAAGCAGAAAGAACCACCCAUGGCCACGGGGAAAUGUAGGCGUGAAAGGCGCGGUGGCACGGUGAUUCUUGGCUAGCGUUAAUGCAAAUGUCCAUGUCCGAUUCAUACGCACAAUCCUUUCAACAAUGAUCCGAUGGCAGUGGGUGGCCACCAGAAUGAUAUCGUCCGUGUGUGGUGAGGGAAUGAAAGUUUUGCGAACUCAAAAGGAUCUCUCUAAAUGGCCUUCAAAGGAUACGCGUGUGUGUUUGACGGUACAUACUAGCAAACGCACGAAACACGCGCGCGAUUGUGUGCUGAGAGCGCAGCAGUCAAACUGAGCGUCAUAAAUCGCACAUAUUUGAUAAAUAUAAAUAAAACAGUACGUAUCUGCGCCACAAAAAUGAUCAGUAAUGUGAGCAGCAUACCAGUAAUAGGAGCCGUGUGCAGGAAGAAGAUAACAAAUAAAAACAAAAUU